UGUCUUGUGCCCCGGGGUAGAUAUAUUCCACUCUACCCAGCACAUGGAAUCCACAUGCCAGUGGUGUUUAAUCUCAAGGCCCGUAGGACGGCGCUUCUGUCCACACUUCUCUCCUCGUGGAUCCACACGCGUCUCGAAGAUUACAUUGAGCACAAUCCGGACUGCGGUAGACAAACAUUGUUUAUAGCCUCAGGCGAGAGCAAAGUUAUCAAAAUCCUUCGCAUUUAUCCGCUAAUUAUCCACCUGAAGCCGUCCAGGGAUGCCGUAAAUGGCACCUUACACGUACCCGUAUUCAUUGCGGAUGCAACCCAUACGAUGUACGCGAUCAUCCCUCAGUCUGCAAUUGACGAGUACGAAAUGCAGUACCAACACCGAAUCACACUUGGUCUACGUCACAAGGUAAUUUUGGUAUCCAAAGCCCGUAUUCUGUGGUUUUCCUUGGAUGAAAUGGCUCGGCUGUUUGGGUACAAAGCCCCUGACAGGCGCAGUCCACGCCGUUUACCUGUCAUGACCAUCCAGAAAUUGGAAAAGUUUGACUGGGAUAACGGGAGCAUAAUCGAGGGAAUUCUAAAAGACGUUUAUGCCGAAAUCUAGCGAUAACACCGAAAAAGGAAACCUGCCAUUUCAAUCAUUACUCAAUAUUGGGCCAAUUAUGAGCAAAUAUCACACCUGGCACAAUUACAAAUGGCAAUUCAUCAAUUUCCCCGGUGUUACUGCUUAGAAACCUAUAGGAUAUCGCGAAUACAGUUUGGUAACGUACCACCCUUUACUACUGAGCAUACCUAUCUUACAUGCUGCCAUAGAUUCCAAGCCUCACGUAUCUGAACGGCUGCUGGUCUCGGCUUUGACAAACAAGACCCGGAAAACUGUAUAGUACAAACACUCAGAAUGAUGGAGCAUUUGUAAAGAAACAUAUAAUUUGGACUUAAUUAAACCAUCACUAAAAAAUCGUAUUAAAAC